GAACAGAGAAACAGAGUGAGCAGGCUUUGUCGGUGACUUGUGUGGUAUCUGUAAAUGGACGCCAAGUUAAUUGAUUGAAAAUAGUGCUAUUUCUGUAAAUUUUACACUAAUUUUACGUGAAAUUGUGAGACAACAUCUUGCUUGAAAAAUGCGCGGUGGACGCGGAUUUUCACGCGGUGGCUUCUCUCGAGGUGGCCACUCGAAUAGUUCAUCGUAUCGCGGUGGUGGAGGUGGCUCAGGGAGCCGUGGUGGCUCGAGUCGUGGAGGUUCCGGGAGCAGUGGGUACAAUGGUAGCGGGGGGCGCUAUAACUAUGACAAUUCGUAUAGCUCAUCAUCCCAUGGAUCUCGCUAUCAUAGUUCUGACAACCGCUCCUACGGCAAUCGCGACCACUCUAGUGGGGGUCCCUUCAAGCGACAUUCCAGCCGAGACUUUCGGUCGCCGGACAGGAAGCGCAUGCGAAAUGACCAUCAGGGUAUGCCACCACCGAGACGCAGCCAUGACUCAUACGGCAGUUCAGCUGAUCGCGGAUACAGCGGUAGUGGUGGAUCUUAUGAUAAAUCCAAUCACUAUCGUGGAGCCAGCGGGAGUCGUCUUGGUCGUCAUGGACGUGCAUCACCACCACCGUCACGUGGCUCAUCGUUCCGCAGCGGACGCAAUGACAAUCUGGGCGGCAGUUCUCAUCGGCAUCGCAAUGAUGGUCCAAUGGGGCCACCGCCAUCACGUAGUGGCCGAGUGGGUGGCUUUCGUGGCCGCCCGCCACCAUCCAACCGCGGUGGAGGUCUCCUCAGGUCACGCGGAGGAGGCGCCAUUGCUCGCAAGCGCAUUGACAUACGCAUGAAGGUCAGAUCAAGAGAGAUACUUCAGCAGAAAUUGGCCAGAAUCAGGAGCUCCGCGAGAAAGCGUCCAGCAGCACGUGGCUCAGAUUCUACCAAUAAGAAGGAGAAUGAGGAGAAAAAGAUUAAAAGUGAGCCAUCGAAUGAGGAUGAGGAAGAGAAAAAGUCUACCAAGGGAGAUAAUUCCUCGGAGGCUGUUUCGUCGUCAAAGGUGAAAACAGAAACAGGUGGUGAAAAGGACAAAUGGGACACAGAUGAGAUUGAGCAGGAGGAGACUACAGUGAGUGAGGCAAAGGAGGAUGAACCAAAGAAAACGACUAGUGAUGAUGAAAAAUUGCCAAAAAGUCGUUUCACAGGGAAAUCCUUCAUAAAACUCACUUGUAUACACUGUAGCUCAAAAUUUCUUACAUUUAAGGCUUACAGUCGUCAUUUGUAUGGAGGAGCCCAUAGAGCCACAAUGUUUCGUCUGUCGCGUGAUCUAAAGGAAAAACUCACGUCCAUGAGAGUGACACAGAGAAAUGAACAACGUGAAUUGGAGAUGAAUUUGACGGAGGAUGAGAUAAAUACGCGUCCACAUUACUGUCUCCUCUGUCGAUUGAGUUAUAGGCAGGAGAAGACUGUCCAUCAGAAUUCAGAGGGACAUAAAUCGAUGAGGCGUUUUUUGUUACCGUAUUGUGGCACCUGCAAACUCAGCUUCAAGUCUCCAAUGCUCUAUGAGACCCAUCGAUGUUCUCUGGAUCACAUUAAGCUCAAAGCACGACUGGAUGCUGCUAAAUGUCGCGCUGAGAACAGCGAUGAUGAGCUCGAUCUGGAAAAUUUCAUGACUGUGGAUUCUGUGGGAAGUGUCGAUGUGGGACAGAUUCUUAAAGAUGAUCCAACUGCUGAUGCGAGUGAGGAUGGUGAUGAGUCGGCAGGAGGAGAAAGGCAAAAGCGUGACAUUAAUGUGGGAAGUGAGCACGUGAAGAAGGUGGAAACACUUUAUUGCGAAUUAUGCCGAGUGUAUUUGUCGCAUCGGGAUGAUGAGGAGAGGGUGCUGAAGAAUCAUUGUGGUGUCCGGAGUCAUCUUCGUGCAUAUUUGCGUCAUAAGGAGGAUAAGUCACUGCGUCAGGAAGCUGAGAGGGUGCACCGAAAGCAACAGGAAGAGGAGGAAAAAGAGAAGAAAGCAGCUGCUGAGGAUGAUGUUGAAAAGCAGGUUGAAGAUGAAGCAACAACUGAGGGAGAUGCUGCUCCGGAAGGCGCUGACGAGGAGGAGGAGGAAGAGGAAGAAGGUGCUGCUGUGGCUAAAGUGAACAGUGAGCCGAAAACAGAGGAUGGUGAGGAGGUGGUUGAGGAGAAAAUGUGGGCUGAUGUGGAUAAGGAUUUGGGAGAGUUGCUGCGUGAAGUGGAUGAACCAGAGAGUGGCAAUGAUGACGAUGAGGAUUCCUGUCUCAACAAUGAGAGGUACGAUAGAUUCAAGUACAGUGAGAAGAAUGUCGACAAAGAGCAGCAACCUGACGAAGAAAAUGAUGAUAAGGAGCAGUCUGAGGAGAUUAAUGUUAAAGAAAUCAAGGAGAAUGGAGGUACAGAAGUUGCAGCAUAGAUUAUCUUCUCUAUGCUAAAUUCUAAUCAGCCGAAAUAAUGUCUUUUUUUCUCUGUAAAAGAGUCCCAACAAAAUGUUGAAUAAAGAAGAUUAAAAGAA